AUGACCCGAAAGCAUAUUUUUCUAAGUUUCACUAUAACUAUCCUAAAACUAUCAUUUUUGUGGCCUUCAAAUGAUCAAUGGACACUUGUCAAAAACAGUUCCUUGAUUGUUUCCCUCAUGCCAUGUGCUUUACCAAUUUUGGCCGACUUUGUUUUGCAAAUUACAGGUGAUGUUUACAACAUGGUUACAAUAACUGAAAAUUUGAUCGCUCUGAUUUGCAUCAUUGGCAUGAUUUACAUGACAAUAUGUUUUGUCAAAAACCGAAAACUUGUCAAAUCUCUAGUCAAAAACCUUGAAGCUUUUACCAAAUACAGCAAAGCGUCGGAUAUUAUCGACACAGACACGAGGGCCAAUUUGUAUACAAAAAUCUUUAUUUUUUACGGCGUGAUUGGCAACGUUGUGUAUAUGAUAAUGCCGUAUCUUAAUAUUGAAAAAUGUCAACAACGCCAAAAAAGCAAUUUUGAUGUUCCGUGUGGUCUAGUGACUCGAUGUUGGUUUCCAUUCAAGUUUGACUAUAGUCCAGUUUUUGAAAUCGUUUUCGUUCAUCAAUUUUACACUUGUUUAAUGGUUUCGGUCAUUAUUUUGGAUUUGACAAUGUUGGUUUGUGGUCUUUUAAUGCAUAUUACGAAUCAGUUGAAACAUUUACGGAAUUUUAUCAAACGUUUUGAUUGUUCGGACCAAAAAAUUGCCAAGGAUGUUAUCUACUGUGUCAAAUUUCACACCGCUAUAAUCACGUACUCUGAAAAAACAAACGAAGCCUUCGGUACCAUGAUGAUGCUCCACAUCACACUAACAUCUCUCGUUAUCAGUGCUCUAGGUUUCGAAAUUUUAAUUGUGGACAACUUCAAUGAUUCUUUAAGAUUCACUUUGCAUCUUCUUGGAUGGUUGGUAUUACUUCUUCUUAUUUGUUACUACGGACAACUUCUUAUAGACGAAAGCAUUGCAGUUGCUGAGGACAUUUAUUAUGUGCCGUGGCAUAAAGCACCAGUCGAUGUCCAAAAAGAUAUCUACAUGAUUUUGAUGAGGUCGCAAAAACCUUUAACUUUAAAUGCUGCAAAUAUUGGAGUAAUGUCUUUUCCGACCUUUCUUCGAGUUAUCAGUUCGGCUUAUUCCUACUUCACUUUGUUGCUUAAUAUAAAAUCAUAAAAAGAAUAUUUGAUGGAUAAAUCAAUGCAAAUACCA